UGGAACGGGAAGGGGAAAGGAAGGAAGGAAGGGGCUUGUAGUGGAUAAGAAGGUGAAGCCAUUUUAAGAUAAUAAAGGAAAAAAACAUGGGUGCUAUGAAGCUGAUUUUGUUUCUUUUGGUUCUUUUGAAUUUCAUUUCUCCUCUAUCAUUUGCUCAUGUUGCCAACAACUACUCAGGUAGGGAAGACGAUGGAGUUGUAAACCAAAGCAAAUUUGCCCACACCAGUGCACGAGGUGGUAGUGGCGAUGGUGGUGCUGGGCGCUCAACUCGAGAAAACAACAAUGGAUAUGGUGGUGACUCUAGCCUCUCCCGACAAGGAGGCGGCGGAGCAGUCAUACCUGUGUAUGCCGCUGCAGGAGCCGCUGCUAAGCGCAACAAUCGCCACAACGCCGCCAACACUUGUAGCAUAUGUUGGGAACAUAGACUUCUGAUUGUUAUGUCUAGUGUUUUAACGUCAUUUUUACUACAUAUGCGUAUUUAAAAUUCAUUUUAAUUUGAUGUUGUGCACCUGUUCACGUCGAUACGAACUAUGUAAUACUUAUUUGUUGAUAAAAGCGUCCUUUUUACUCAUACUCAUUUAAAGAUGAAAAAAUUA